AUGGAAGAAAGCCGAGCCGCGGCCGACGUCACAGAACAGAGAGCGGAGCCUGACGUCGCUGGCGAGGUAACUGGUGGUCGGACCCUGCGGGAGGUCACGGUACUGGUGGGGAUGUCCGCCGAGCAGUGCGCGCUCUACCGAAGGCUCAUCUCAGCCUAUCUGCACGCGACGGCCAACAAUGCCCCCAGAAACCCCAGCGAGGGGCUCAACAUUCUCAUGCGCCUGCGCAUGGCGUGCAACCACCCGUCCAGCCACGCGCGCAGCCACUCCGAUGACUCCGACCCGGUGGCGCGCUCGGGCAAGCUGUGGGCGCUCGAUCGGCUGCUGGACCGGCUCCGUCGCCGGGGCGCGAGCCGGGUGGUGAUCGCCGUGCAGAUGAGGCGCAUGCUCGGCGUUCUUGAGGAAUGGCUGGCCUGGGGCGGGGUCGCGACUCUGCGCCUCGACGGGGGCACCCCACUCGCCGAGCGGGCGGCGGCCAUCGAGGCCUUCCAGAAAGGUGGCCCCGGAUUCCUUGCAUUCCUGCUCUCUGCUCGCGCGGGCGGGAUCGGCAUGGACCUCUCUGCCGCCGACGCGCUGGUCAUUGUCGACCCCGAUUGGAACCUGGGCCUCGAGCGAUUGCUGGUAGACCGAGUGGGGGGCCAGAUCCGGCCCGUCACCGUCGUGCGGCUCAUCGCCGCCGGCACCGUCGAGGAGAAGCUCGUCCAGAUGCGCUCGGUUUUUGAGAACCCAGGGGAGGGUCUGUUUUCUAUGACAGGCAGUGAUGAUAAGGUAGCCGCCAUCGUCGUCCACCGCGCCAACGACUUUCUCAACUCAGCUUGGCCGUGCCCGGUCACCAACGCGGACGUCGCACGUGCCCUGGAAAGCGCCUUUCCAACCGAUUGA